CGUAGUUAUAUCACAAAGUUCACUCCAAGUAAAGUCAUCAAAAUGCGGGUCGACUUUUUAAUACUUUUGUUAAUCAAUAGUUCGUUAAUUAUUGCACAAGGAAUAAUAUCCGGAAAUUGGGAAAAUUUUACUUGCAUGAAAUUUGGAUCACUAGAAAGUUGUUUAGAAAAAUUAACAAGAAAUUUAACAACAUUGAGAAUUGAAAAUUCUUAUAUUUUUCAAAUUAAAAGGAGAGCUUUUGUAAAUCAACAAUCUCUACGUUCAUUAACAAUGAAUAAUUGUGGAAUUCGAAAAAUACAACGAGAAGCAUUUUACGGUUUAUCAAAUUUAGAAAAAUUAGAUCUCUCUGAAAAUGAAUUAAUUUUAUUGGAAUACAAUUAUUUGGAAAAUAUUCCAAAUUUAAAAUAUUUGGACGUAUCGUUUAAUAAAAUUGAAGUAAUCGACGAUCUUAUUAUUUAUAAUUUGAAUAAAUUGGAAAAUUUUUAUUUUGAUUAUAAUAAAAUUUCAGCAGUCUCUAAUCGAAUGCUUCAUAGAUUACAAAGUGAUGUAUUACCAAGAGUGAAUCUUCGUCGUGUGAAAUUUGGAAAAAAUCCUCUCAAUUGGGAAUAUCAAAUGUUGUUGACAAAAAGAUUUGAUGAUUUAAAUAUAAAUUAUCAGGACGAUUGGGAUAAUUGGAAUUGGUUAAGUAAAACAUUGAGAGAUUGUCAAGAAACAGAAUUACAAAUUUCUAAUGAUCAAUUAAUGAAUUGUGGAAUUAAAAAAUUAUUUAUGUUUGUUGAAGAAAAUUUUAAUUCAACUUACACGCCAUGCGUUCCGGAAGCUAAUAAAUUAAUAGAAUGUUCUAAGGGUAACGUACCUGAAAAUGAUUUUGAUGGUGUUCGUUAUGCUGUGGAAGGACUCGGUAGUAUCAUCAGAUCAAUGGAAUUCCCUAAGGCGAAAUUUCACACAAGUCCUGAUUACAAAACAAAAUUGGAUUAUCAAAUUAUUCGUUACAACGCUGCUGAGAAUGAUUGGGCUUGGUUUGAAAAUGUUAUCAAUAUUUGUUCAAAUGGAGCAUUUAUUGAAGAACAAGUCUUGGAUUGUGAGGUUCAACAUUUAUUAAAUUUUGCCGUUGAAUUUUUUGAAAAUUCCCCUUCUUCAUUGAAUUCAUCAGCUUUAUGUAACAAUGAAGUUAAUAAUUUACUUGAAUGCUCAAAAGUCAGUGAUGUUAUUGACGAAAUAACUGUGCGAAGAUCAAUUCAAGGAUUUCAAUUAAUUUUAUCCGACAUGAAUAAUUCCCUGCAAAAAUUAGAUUUGUAAAUUGUAUUAAAAUACAAUAAUUUUUCACAAAACAAAUAAAUUGUAAAUAGUGAA